AACAUCGUUCUUGUAAAGAACAUUGCAUCAACCACACAAGAAAAGACUAUUCGUGAUUUCUUCUUGUUCUGUGGUAAAAUCAAGGAGUUUGAAAUCAUCAAGGAUGACGAACACCAAAAGGCUCUCGUUUGGUUCGAAAGACCUUCAGCUGCAAAGACAGCCAUCUUAUUGAGCAAUGCAUCGGUGGAUAACGUCAAUAUUUUGGUCGAGCCUUACUUUGAAUCAACGGAUCCUAACAAGACCGAUGAAAAAGAGAAUAUUAAGGAUACUGACCAAGAAGCCAAGCCGGUGUCUAACGUUAUGGCAGAGAUCUUGGCAGCAGGAUACUCACUUGGAGACAAUAUCCUUGCCAAGGGCUUGGAAUUCGAUACAAAGAUCGGUUUUACUUCGCGUGUCCAACAAUAUUUCAACCAACUGCAAGCCAACCUUCAACAAUUGAACCAGAAAUACCAUGUAUCAGACCGUGCCAUGGAUGUUGAGCACAAAAUUGGUAUCCAAGAUAAGGCCAUGAGCGCCGUUGGAGCAGCACAGGCCACAGCAAGUGAAUUGUUGCACACUCCCACGGGACAAAAGGUUCAAGGUUUUGCUACUCAGGUGGCUGAUCAGAUUGCAUCACUCCACGCAGAAGCCAAGAGACUAGCA